AUGCCGCUUGGUCUCAACAACCCGCUGCCCUCUUCUAUGAGGAGCGAGUGCAGAAAGACGGGCAAGAUUCUGGCCUCGUUUGUCGAUCCGCGACAGGCUUUUGGGCCCGACAAGAUUAUUCCUCCGCAGGUUCUUGCCAAUGCAAAGGGCCUCGCAAUCCUCACAGUAUUCAAAGCCGGCUUCCUCGGCACUGCGCGAUUCGGAUCCGGUGUUGUAGUCGCCCGUCUCGCCGACGGAUCGUGGUCGGCGCCCUCAGCGAUCGGAACAGUCGGCGGCGGUUUCGGCGGACAGAUUGGCUUCGAGCUCACCGACUUUGUCUUCAUUCUCAACGAUGCGUCGGCCGUGAGGACGUUUGCACAGGCCGGGUCGUUGACAUUGGGCGGCAAUGUCUCGAUUGCAGCAGGCCCCGUCGGCCGAAAUGCGGAAGCAGCCGGCGCGGCGAGUUUGAAGGGCGUGGCGGGCAUAUUCAGCUACAGCAAGACAAAGGGACUGUUUGCCGGUGUCAGUUUGGAGGGCAGCGGCAUCAUUGAGCGAAGAGACGCCAACGAAAAGCUGUACGGUCGCCGAUGGACAGCGCGCGAGCUGCUCAGCGGACAGGUCCCCCCACCACCAGCCGCCGAACCCCUCCUUCGUGUCCUAAACUCGAGAGUCUUCUCCGGCAUAGGAGGCGCUGCUGCAGCAAAUGACAGCGCCAUGUACAACGACAUCCCCGUCUACGAUGACUCGCACGACAAUGUAGUGUGGCAAGGCCGUCAGGGAGAUGCAAUGGGCGAGGGUGUGCGACGAGACCGCACAGGCUCCGUGGGUACAGCACACGACGACUACCAGUACCGCGACCGUCCCCAGCGCUCUUCAACAUGGGCAGACGAUGUAUACGACCGCCAGCCGCAGUCUGCAGGCGUCAGCCGUUCCUUCUCCACACGCGCAAAUCCCAACGAGACUUUCGAUCGCUUGGAUGGAAGGACCCGUGCAUCGACGUUUGGCGACGACUACUCUUACAGCGACUCAAAACCUGGCCGACCAACAGCGCCGAAGCCAGUAUUCGGCGCCAAGAAGGCUGGUCUAGGGAACGAUCAGGCGAUCGCGAAAUUCACAUUCGACGCGGACCAGCCCGGCGACCUGGGUUUCAAGAAGGGCGAAGUCAUCACCAUCUUGAAGAAGACGGACAGUGAGACUGAUUGGUGGACUGGAAGAAUAGGCUCGAGGGAAGGCAUUUUCCCGAGCAACUAUGUCGAGACUGUAUGAAUAUUGCAGCGUCCGAGUACAUGAUCCAUCAAUACCCUUUACGAUUUUCCUUGGGCCGCAUGUUUGACUAGUCGCGCUGUUCAUGGAAAGAUACCACAAGUUCUGCGUAUUUGUUAGACUAGCGAAGAAUCGAUCACUUGCCAGGAGG